AUGUGGAAGAGCGUAAUUCGCUUUGAUUACCGAGCUGCGAAUUUCCAGGUUAGGCGACCGGUACCCCUGCUACCUGGACACCGCGGUUCCACUUUUCCGUCCUUAACGGCCAUAGGCAACCGCUUGUUUAGCAGGGAUGCAUUCGAUCGGUAUGGUGUACCAUCGGGGUCAGAUUCUGUGAGUCUCUGCGGCCCCAAUGGAGAGAAGAUCAGCGAAACAGCUGAGGGAUGCUGUCCUAGUACACACGACCGGAAGAACACCAAUAAUGCGGAGUACGGUCAACACAAUCGUCAAACCUGCGCUGCUUCAUGCAGCGCGGUGAUUGAAUUUCCCCGACAGUACCCUGCGGGAACACAUAAAGGACGCCUACUGGAUGGUUCCUCUCACAUCGGCCAGGGACAAUAUGCUAGCUCUACCUUUGCAAUCCAUCCCCAGUUGGUUCAGCCUGUGGGAGCAUAUGCGUGCUGCGAUGGCAGCAGCGUAUUGGAACGCGGGGAUGUUCCUUCGGAUGAAAAAAGGGCCAAUCGCCGCCACGGCGCAGUCCCCAUUGUGAGUACCGUGGCCGCUUGGCAGCGAUCCCCAAUAUCUAUCGUGGGUAACUGCAAUGGUUAUAUGCCGGGUUGUCCUCCUUCGCGGCGAUGUUUUGCCUUGUGGAGUCGCAGCGGCAACAACAAUAAGGACACUGCAGGAAGUGCGUCGUCCAGAGGUUCAGCCGUGACGAGCUGGACAAAGGGACGCUCUUUGACGCGUGGAUUGAUGAGCUUGUCGUACCAUCUCGUUCGCUGGGCAGUAGUGCUGCCAUUUCGUUUGGGAAAGUGGACGAUCCAUCUCGUGUCUCUCACCUUCAAGGCAGUUGGCCAUUUGAUGAGUAUGUGUGCUCGCGCGGCAGUUGUUGCCCGCGUAGGUGGCGUAUCUGGCAUAUUCAAAAGCAUAGUGGGCGGUAUUAAACAUACUGUGCACUGGUGCAAAACCGGUUUCCGUCUGUACUUUGCAAACGUAAAGGUUUCGUACUACAUCCUGCUCAAGAGGCUUAAAGGGCACCCGAUGCGCUACAACGAACGCAAAUUGCUGAUGAACACGCUGAACGAUGCUUUAAAGCUUGUGCCUUUCUCCUUCUUCCUCAUAGUGCCGUUUGCGGAGCUCCUGUUGCCGGUUGCAAUCAGACUGUUCCCGCAAAUGCUCCCAUCUACGUUCAGGACCGACAAUUCGAAGAGCGAUGACUAUCUGCAGAAAAAGCUUCUGGCUAAGAAGGAGCUUGCGCAGUUUUUCCAGGAGCUGGUGCAGGAACGCACUAACCAGCUCCUUCAGGAUGAGCUUGAUUCCUCCAUCAAGACCAAGAUGGAAGCGCUCAAAGAUUUCCAAGAAAGAAUCCUUAACAAGAAGGACCGUGACAUUAAUCCGUUUUUGAGUUCAAAUGAACUUCUAGUGUUCGCAAAGAUUUUCAAAAAGGAGUUCAAGUUGGACCAGAUGAACUUGGAAACGCUGAAGGUGAUGUGCAAAUUGCUCGGCAUCACCCCCUUCAGCGUGCGUUCGCACGUCGUGUUACAACUGCGUCACCACCUGCUCAAGAUCCAGCGUGAGGACAGGUUGAUUAUGUGGGAAGGCGUGGAUAGCCUCUCCACCGAGGAACUGCAAGAGGCGUGUCGUGAUCGCGCCAUGAAAUUCUACAACAUAUCCAGAGAGCAGUUGCAACAGCAGCUGAAGCAAUGGCUUGAUCUCUCAAGCAUGCCUCAGAUUUCGCCGAUACUGCUGCUAUGGAGCCGCUGCAUCACAAUGACCCAUGAGCCCAUGGCUAUCAAAGCUGACGACGAAAUAAUUGCUGACGAUAAGCUCGCUAUACCAGAGACAGCAGCCGUCGAGGUAGCGGAUGUCAGCGACGCGGUACACGAUGUCACCAAGCCGACUAAGGUUGGUGAGAAGUUUGCCGAGGAGGUGACCACUGCUCAAAAGGCAUCCUCUACGCGCAUCAUGAAGGCCGUUACGGCGGCCGCCGAGGUGGACGCACAAAAGCUCGUAAGCAAGGAGGAGCGCUUGGAGGAGCUUUCUCUCAAGGCCAAAGAGCUUAAAGAUAUCAUUGAUGGGAACGUCAAGCCAUGCGAAGGCGAAGAGCUGGUGGACGGCGUCACCUCGCUUGAUGAUCCCAUGCCAGGAGAGUUGCUGGAGCUGCACAGUUCUGAAGAGAACUUCAUGCACCUUCACAAUGAGGAUCACGUGAUUCGGCACGCUGAAGAAAUUAAGCACCUGAGCUCGCUUGGCAAGAAAGAAAUCCUAGUUCGACACGAGGAGCUGCUGUCUGCACUCCACAUCCAGAGAGAAAUUACGGACCUCCAGCAUAACCAGCUGACUGAAAUGUAUGCGUUCCUGCUGAAGGUGUCAGAAGAUUUGAAUGCAGGUGUUGAGUCCAACAUCAAGGAUGCUGUCAACGACCUGGUAUUGGCAGCCCGGCAAGAGUUGGAAAAGAUCGAGGAGUUGACUUGCCAAUUCGACAAGCACAACUUGACUUACGAAUCGCAAACAUCUACCCCCGCUCCAGUGUCAUCGACAGCAUGA